AGCUGAGAAUUAUUUCACUGGUAUCUUUCAGAAUUUAUUUGGCGCAGUUGAACAUUUCAGUCGAAUAUUACUAGCAAUUCGUGAACAAUGUGCCUAAUAAUUUUUAUUUGGUGAUAAACUUCCUGGUGAGGGUAACGAGUACGUACACCACCCGUUUUCGGAGUUUAGGGUUAUGCCGAAAACGGGUGGUGUGCCUAUUCUUUUCCUCCGUCCACAGUCUGUUUCUAGUAUGAUCCCUAAAAUCCGUUUCUAAUAUUCACAGUGUUUGUUUUGGUUUUGUCGAGUUAUAUCGAAUGAUUGCCCUCAGUCUGUGAUACCAUUGUUAUGCUAAUGUUGAUGUCGCAUUCCUUAUGCAUACUUGCACAUGGAUAUAACUAUUUAGAAGAGUACCAGUUGUACAGUAGCUACUUUGGAGUAGAAGAAAAUACUUCUCAAUGUUCAUCAAAUUCUGCUGAAAACAAAAUACCAUUUCCUUUGGCCAUGUGGGACAUGGAGCAAUGUGAUCCCAAGAAAUGUUCAGGCAGGAAGUUAGUGCGAAUAAAUUUGGUUAAAACUCUUAAUUUACACCAAAGAUUUUCUGGUAUCAUUUUGACUCCAGAAGGGAAAAAAUGUGUUUCUCCUGAUGACAGAGAUAUUAUAUCAAAACAUGGAAUUGCUGUAGUAGAUUGCUCUUGGGCUAAAUUACAACAGACACCGUUCUCCUCAAUGAAAGGAAACCAGCCUCGACUUUUACCUUACCUUGUUGCUGCCAACCCUAUCAACUAUGGCCGUCCCUGCAAAUUGUCUUGUGUGGAAGCUUUCGCUGCUACACUUUAUAUUACAGGUUUCUCAGAAAUAGGUAAAAUAUUGCUACAGAAGUUCAAAUGGGGGCUAAAUUUCUUCACCUUGAAUGAAGAACUACUUGAUCUCUAUGCAGCCUGUAAAAACAGCACUGAUGUGGUUGAACUGCAGAAUUCUUAUUUAGAGAAACUUGAACUUGAAAAGAAACAGCGGAAUGAUACAGACAUGUUUGAUACUUCCUUGGAAUACUAUAACCCUAACCGAAUGGACAGGCAAGAAGAUAUAAGUGUAUCAGAAUCUGAUGAUGAUGAUGAUGAUGAUGAAGUCAGUGAGGAUGAAGACAAUGAUGGUAGUGAUGAUAAUGAUGAUGAUGAUGAUGUUGCUGCUGAUCAUAAUGAUGGGGACAAAAAGACAGAGGAGGAUGGAGACAUUCUGACGGAUUGUGCUGGAAGAAAUCAGAAUAUGAAGUGUAAUCGCGUAACAGAAAGAAACAAAGAUACAAAACUAGAAACAGAAUUUAAAAAGUGCUCUCUGAAUCCAUCUUAGGACUGAUGUUUAAUCCAGAUAUUCUAUGUAAUUUGAAAAUAUAUUUAUAUAAUUAAAUCAAUUUUGUAAGAAAUAAAAUGUUAAAAUGAUGGCAGACAUUAUAAGAAUCGUUUUGA